AUGUCGGUUCUAUUUACUUCUAUUUCUGAAAACAACCCGGUGCAAAGGGAUGAUGCGCAGCGACUUGUGCAGCAUCUCGGUGUCACCAUUGAGCCUGACGAGGUCGACGACUUCCAUACGCUCCUCGCCGCCGUUCACGACUGCGCCGAAGAUAUCGCGAACCUCCCCGAUUAUCAGCCGAUCCCGGAUUUAGAACGUUACCCGCGGGAAAACAUUCGGAGACCAUCCGAGGAGGAACAGGUGUUCGGACAUGCGUGGGCCCAUAAAUUUCUCAUCAAGGGCAAUCCCGACGGUGGUCCUCUUGCUGGCAAGUCAGUCACUCUCAAAGAUGUGAUCGCCGUGGCUGGUGUCCCCCAAUUUAUGGGAAGCGAUGUAGCUCCUCCUUGGACGCCUUCGACAGAUGCGACCGUCGUGACUCGAGUUUUGGAUGCAGGCGCCGAUAUUGUUGGAACUUCCACAUGCGAGAACUUGUGCCACACGACUUCUUCAUUUACUAGUGCUCAGGGCACUGUGGAGAAUCCAUAUGCGCCUGGAUACUCCUCUGGUGGGAGUACAUCCGGCGGUGCAGCAUUAGUUGGAGGUGGCUUGGUGGAUAUUACAAUCGGUGGAGAUCAAGGAGGGAGCAUCAGAGUGCCUGCGGCAUUCAGUGGAUGUGUCGGACUUAAAGCCACAUAUGGAUUGGUCCCCUUCAGUGGAAUCGCCAGUGGUGAUGCUAUGAUCGACCACACAGGACCUCUUGGCAGAACAGUAUUGGAUACCGCAUUAUGCUUGGACGCCAUCAGUGGUUAUGAUGGGAUGGACGAUCGAUGCCUGGGGAGCCCUGAGCAUGGAUCGACUUCCUUCGCCAAAACAUUACAACAAGAACCGACUAGACUGGAUGGAUUCAAGAUUGCUAUUCUGACCGAAGGUUUCGAACAUAGCGCAGUAGAUCCAGCCGUGAAAAAAUCGGUCAUGGGCGCCGCACGGAGAUUCGAGGAGCUGGGUGCAACUAUUGAAGAGGUCUCCUGUCCCGACCAUCUCCACGGCCCAGCUAUUUGGACAAUUCAGCAGCGUAUCGCAGGUACUCAGAAUCUUCUGGGACAGGCCCAUGGAAGACGAGGUCUCGGUUUAACGGAAAUGGAACGCGGUCGACUCCCCUGGACAAACGAGGCCUUUCAGCGAGCUUUCCCGGCCACCAAGAACGUCAUUAUCAACGGAUUAUACCUCACUUCCAAAUUCCCAGAUCUCUACAGCAAGACCGUCAACAUUGGUCGAAAGAUGCGAGAUUCAUACGAGGCAAUCUUUGAAAAGUAUGAUAUUGUGAUCAUGCCUACAACGCCCGUUGUCGCUCCCAGAAACGGGAAGCGUGGUCUUCCCCUGGAGUCUGUCAAGCCUAGCUCGGGGUUGACUAUCAACACUGCGAUUUUCAAUAUAACCGGUCAUCCAGCUAUUUCGAUACCCGUAGGGUUCGCUCCUGCGAAGGAUAACCCCGAUGUCCGUUUACCGGUGGGUAUGCAGAUUGUCGGAGGAUUGUGGCAGGAAUCCAAGAUUCUCCGCGCUGGUCAUGCAUGGCAGACCCAUUUCGAUUGGAAAGAAACACAAGCAGCAGAUAUUGAUUAG